UGUCACAUCCAACUCAUUCCCGUGACAAUUCAAAAUUCCGUUGAAAAUGUCCAAAAAAUCAAAUGCAGUCCUAACAGCAAACCAAAAUUCGAACGAUCACACCGGCAGCCUGACUGUGAAGCAGCAGUCGCCAGGGGCGGCCAAAGGGGGCCGGUUCAAGGGGGCCUCGGCGUCGGAGAACAGCAUCAAGGGCACCUCGGGGAAAAGUGAUCGUAAAGGGGGCAUCAGGCAGAAGAUCGUCAGCAAAGUGAAGUCGUGGAGCAGCAGGGAAAAAUACGCUUUGGACGAUAGCAUCGAGUUGGAAACGAACCUAGCGCAUACUUUUCGUGAAAUAGGAGCCGGUGGUACAGGACAAGAUAACGACGACGGAGAAACGGUGGCCGAUUCGAACCUAUCCAGAGCGAAAGACAGCCUAGAAAACCUGAAAGAUGAACGAAACGUACCGAACGAUGAAUGGCGUUCCAAAUCCUGCCCUUCGACAUCAAAAAAUUCCCCCGAAUCGCCGAAAUCAUCGCCCGUUCUUCACUCCGGCGGCGCUAAGCCCGGAGGGCGAUCCCUAUUCUGGGACCCGUUCGAGAAGAAAACGCGCAAAAACUGGGACACGAAUCGCAAAAAGAAAAAAUACUUGGAACCGCCAAAAAAAGAGAUCGCUUCGAUGCCGAUUGAGGGUAAAUCGUGUCUAAUAAAAAAGGAGAAACCUGAAACGACUGCAACAUCGAACGAAAACGAUACCGUUGAAGAAGAGUGUCCGUACAAGUACAAAUAUUUUCCGAAAAACAGCAAAUCAGUAGAGUUUACUCAGGAAGUGUUCGUGGUGUAUUUCAACGGCGAGGAGGUCGUGCACGAGUCUAAGGAACCCUUGAAGAAGGACGAGGAACAACAGGAGAGGAACAAGGAGAUGAGGCAAGGACACAUCUUCAAAGCGAGGGAUACCAAGUACAAUCUGUGCCUUUAUUGAGUAAAAAAGUGUGGCGAUGUAUGUGCAGUCCUCCAACGUGAAUAUGUAUUAUCGUGUUGUUUAUUUAUAUAAUAUAAUGCAAAUAUAUGCGAUCCAAUUA